GAAAACCACGUGUGUGCCAACGCGAGCGAUGAUUAUUUGUUGUCAAUAGAUCGUGUGCAUUUAAAUUGAAUUAUUGCUGGCUGAAUUGAACGCGGGACAGUUUUGAUACGAUGGUUCGUGGGAAAAAACCGACUCGCGGAGGGAAUCGACGGAAAUUGGAUAAGCGUUUCGAGCAUAAGCCUAAGCUGAAAAAGGGUAAAUUCAAUAUCAGGGAAGCCUCGUAUGUCAAAGAACGUGAUGCCAAGAACGAAGAGAUUGAAAGUAGGAGGCGAAAAUUAGAGGCGGAGAGAAGUAAACAGUUGGAACUUGAGGCUGAGAGUUCCGAAGAGGAACGAGAGGAUCCGUUAAAAAUGUUGCUUUCAGCUAUCGGUGGUGCCGAAACUAGGAGGCAACCUGCCAUUGACUCUGAUUCCGAGUCAGAGUCUGAAUCCGAGCCUGACGACGAAGCCGGGCUCGAAUCUUCCGCCGUAGAAGAAAGUCUUUUCAAGACGGGAAUCCCGGACGUGGAUCACGAUACUUCCGAGGUUAGCGACGCCGAACAUAUCGAGAUAAAUUUAAGGGAGGAAGAGGAAGAAGACCAAGAGACCGCGCGCGAAGAUGCCGGAAACCUCAGAGAUCCGUUUUCAAUUCAUCUGCUCAACGAUUUAGACGACGACUUGUACAAAUCCGUAUCCGCAGUUCCUCAGAAGGCUGCGACAAGUAGGUCGAAGUGGCCAACUCUUGGAACCGUUGUGUUUCAAAUCCCAGAGAUCGCGGAUGAGUUUUCUAAGCCUGUUAAAAAAAGACCCAGGAUCUCGAUAUUGGAAGACAAGCAAUUCGCCAGGCACGGAGCUGUUCCGCAAGCCAUAGACGCCGUUGACUGGGACAAGUUGUUCGUCAAGUCGCAAAUUCAAGGCAAUAUCUCCAAGGCGAACUACGAUAAUAUUAAGGACAGUCUGGUGUCUAACAAUAAGCCGAGUCCCCUAACACUGUUGCAGAAAGAAUUGUUUACCAUAAUUAACAAUUAUCAAGAUCUGUGCUACAACGAGCGGAAUUUCGCCAACGGCGAAGAAAUUAGAUUUCUUUAUUGUUUGCACGCGGUAAAUCACAUUUUAAAAACUAGAACCAAGGUCUUGCAUCACAAUGCGAAACUGACUAAGGCCAAGAAGUCAGGGACAGCGGAUAUUCCGGACGAAUAUCGGGAUCAGGGAUUAGUCAGGCCGAAGGUUCUUAUAAUAGUCCCAUUCAGACACUCGUGUUUAAAAAUUGUCCAGCUAUUGAUCGCGAUUUUAAUCGGAGAAGACAAGGGUGGGUCAGUGGUGAACAAACUUCGUUUCAUGGAGGAUUUCAGUGGCAACGAACUUGCAAUGCCGAGGAAAAAUCCCAAGCCCGAAGAUUACGAGCAAACCUUCGAAGGGAACGUCGACGAUACCUUCAAAAUCGGCAUAUCCGUGACGAAGAAAACGUUGAAACUUUAUUCCGACUUUUACUCAUCCGAUAUAAUCAUCUCGUCCGUCCUUGGGCUCCGAAUGCUCGUCGGCGCCGAGGGCGAACCCGACAGGGAUUACGAUUUCCUUGCGUCCGUGGAGUUGCUCGUGAUGGACCAGACGGAGGUGUUCGCGAUGCAGAAUUGGGACCACUUGCUGCACGUCCUCGACCACAUUCAUCUCCAGCCAAAGGAAUCUCACGGUACGGAUUUCUCUCGCGUUCGCAGCUGGGUGGUGAAUGGUUGGUCAAAGUUCUAUCGGCAGACGCUGAUAUUCUCCGGCGUAGCGUUACCCGAGAUACAUGCGAUAUUCAACAAGCGGUGCUUCAACUACGCGGGAAAAGCGAGGGUCGUGAAUCCGGUGACUUCCGGAACCGUUUGCCAAGCGGUGAUUCAAGUGCCCCAGGUGUUUCACAGGUUCGAUUCCCGAGACCACGGCCACGACAUAGAGGCCAGGUUCGCUUUCUUCGUAUCGAAGAUUCUCCCCCAGUACAAGGACAGCAUCAUGAAUCACACCGUUAUCUACGUACCGUCCUACUUCGACUUCGUCAAAGUUCGCAACUACUUCAAGAAGGAGGAGCUCAGCUUCGUUCAGAUCUGCGAGUACUCGAAGGAUGCAAAGGUGGCCAGGGCCAGGGACAUGUUUUACCACAGUGACGCGCAUUUCCUCAUUUACUCGGAGCGGUUUCAUUUCUUCCGUAGGAUACGCCUCAAGGGCAUAAGGCAUCUGAUAUUCUUUGCACCGCCGACGUUCCCUCACUUUUACAGCGAACUUUGCAACCUCAUGCAGGAAGCGAAUCAGAAUCCGAACGCAGGCUCGGACAGUAACAUGACCGUCACUUUGAUGUACUCGAAGUAUGACGCGUUGAAGCUCGCAGGCAUCGUCGGCACCGAAAGGACAACGAAAAUGAUUAGCUCGGGCCAAGACGUUCACAUGUUUAUGACCGGCGGCUGACGACGAGUGAAAAAGUAUUUAUCCGGUAUCGAAAUCGUCCCUGCUCCAUUUGUAAAAUCAUAUGCAUUUGGUAAUAAACGACUCC